UUCUUUACCUACUACAGGACUUGGCAGACAUUGUUUGAAAUCCAAGUCCACAACUAAGAAGCUGCCUUUUUCUGUCAUUAAUUAUAUUGGAGACAAUGGAUUUAAGACAAGCAAUCAUAUGUUUUGUGAGGUGGUCCAUCAGACAAGGAACCUUCCUUCAGGAACCCAGUCUUCAUGAAAUCAGAAGCCCUAAGGAUUUUGUCCACCAUUGGGUUUAGCAUAUAGCUUGACUUGUUGCCAGCACCAAAUGAUCCAAGUCAAGGAUAAUACAAAGAUGCAUGCAAAAGAUGACUAUAGUUUCAUUGACACUAGUAGUAAUCUUCUUAUUAUCCCAUUCCCACCUCCUUGUGGGGAGGAAACAUUGAGAGAGGAAAAAGUGUGUCACCUUUGAAGAUUGUCAUAAAGGCUCAUACUGAAAAGAGAGAAUGGAGGUAUUUGGUGUUGGCUUCACCAACCCCAUCACUAAUACUACUUCAUGGUCAAAAAGUGUGGUACCUUCCUCUGUCCACAUCUCCUUGGCAUGCAUGUAAAACCUUCAGUUAAACGAAAUGAUACCUCUGUCCACAUCUCAUUCCUCAUUCCUUUGGAGAUAUAUAGAAUCAAAGUGAGUGAUGCUGCAUGGCAUACUGUCUCCAGGCAGAAUGAAGUCCUUAGCAAGUUUGUUUCCUACAAACGGAGUGCCUUCUGCUAAUUAAUAUGUAACAGUGUCAGCUCACAAGGAUGCACACAGGAAACCAAACUCUGCAUGUCUCUUAAAACAAGUUCCUUGUACUUAGUUGAAGUCAUAUCUUCAGAGAUGGCAACCCUUGGAGAAGACCACUGAGAGUUCCUUGAUAUAUUAAUGAAAGACCUGGAUAUGCAAUAUUGCCAACUUGUCACCUAAUCUUUUGACUUCCUGAUCCCCAAAGUUAAAGAGUAGUAGGAGAGGGUAGAUCGGUUGGUUGAGUUCCCAGUUUAUGAACUACUGGGCCUGAGCCUGCCAUUGCACAUCACUGCUGCUAUCUUUGAGGUUUAUAUGCAUACCAGAAAGUAGCAUUUUGAUUCUUGCAUCACCUGUGGAAGUAAAUCCGCUGUGGUCACUGAUGGAAGAAUGCCAUGUUUUCUUCGGUCCAAGGGCUAAGAUCGCUUUGGUCCGAUGGAGAAAUAUUGUGAGCUCAGGCUAAGAUACAGAAGUGUAUAUAUGAGCAAGCCAUCUCUUGGUAGGAAUGUGCACUCUCCAACCCACCACCACCCAGUCUCCUCCUAGGGUUUCAAUGGGGAGAUCUCCCUGCUGUGAUGAGCAUGGCCUUAAGAAAGGUCCCUGGACUCCUGAAGAAGACCAGAAGCUGGUCCAAUACAUUCAAAAGCAUGGCCAUGGCAGCUGGAGAGCACUCCCAAAACUUGCAGGACUUAAUCGAUGCGGCAAGAGCUGCAGGCUCAGAUGGACCAACUACUUGAGGCCAGACAUCAAGAGAGGCAACUUCUCCCCAGAAGAAGAGCAAACCAUUCUCAACCUCCAUUCCAUCCUAGGCAACAAGUGGUCUGCAAUCGCAAUGCACCUUCCCGGGCGGACCGACAACGAGAUCAAGAACUUGUGGCACACUCACCUCAAGAAGAAGCUGAUCCAAAUGGGUUUUGACCCGAUGACGCACCGCCCGAGGACCGACUUCUUCACUGCCCUUCCCCAGCUGUUGGCUCUGCUCCAGCUCCACCAGCUCAUGAACAGCCACCCACAGGACGACGACCACGCUGCACGGCUCCAGGUGUUGGAGGCAAUCCAGGCUGCAAAGCUCCAGUAUUUUCAAUGCCUGAUACAGUCGGUCAGUGCCACCUCAAAUAACUGCUACAACUGUAGUGACUUGGAGACCAUAAGCCUGCUUAGUUCUCAGAUGACUUCGUCUUUCCCUUCUCACAAUCCUCCUCAGAAUAUUGAUAGCAGCAACCAAUUGGCAUCCUUCUUUGAGCCACCUGAAAGCAAUGAUACCAAACAAUGCUCAAACUUUUCUGGGUUUAACCAGGGAGAGAACAACAAGCCAAGAACACCAUUUGCAUCACCUCUUCCUCCUCUCACUGAUGUCUCGGUUGCCAACCAGGGGGAUGGUUGUAGUAUUACUAGCUGUGAUGGAAAUGGGACUCCUUUCUGCUGGCCUGAGAUCAUGCUUGAUGACCAAUUUAUGAGCGAGUUCAUCUAAAAAUUUCAAGCAGAUACCCAUGUAGAUUCUGCCUCAUGCAUGCAUUGCUGAUUGCUAAUUGGCACUGAUCCAAUACGUUAUACAGGUUCUUGAACACUUGUCAAUGUACACAGAAGGUUCCUCUGUUCUUCAUACAUACUUGGUUGGGAGUUCUAUGCUAUGUCUCUAAAUUUUAUUAUACAUCAAAACUCAAAAAUAAGAAAUUUGGAAUCAGUGCAUAUACAAUGAAACAGAUCGGUAUACAGUGAAGUUUAUUUCAGCUACGAAAUCCUAAUAUUAGAAAUAACUAGUCAUGACUAUCUUUCUUGUCCCAAGCAUAUGUAUUUUUCUGUUGAACUCUUUCACAAAGGUAUGUGAACUGGGGUUGUCAAGGAAAUUAGAAUAUAGCAACAAAAGAGAAACUUCCACUACCUAAUCCGUGCCCCAUGUGUUGGGGAUCACAGUAAGUUUCUUAUGUCAGUUGUCAGAAAACCAAUCUUGGCAUCAACCUUAACAAAGUUGGUCACUGUAAGAAGGAAACCUUAGCUAGGAGUAGAAGAAUAGCAACAUCAGAAAGGGACAUUAUAUAUUUUCAUGCAAUAGCUUGGGUCAUCAUCAUCUGAUGCAAUUAGUGAUUCAGUUGGAUGUGCAUCAAAAUCAUUUACAGAAGCGUAUAUAGUAGAAGCUUAACAAUCAAUGCUGGUAACAUGACUUGGAUAAUAUCAAUCAAGUGUUUUCUCAAGUGAUCCUAGUCACAUUUAUCCCUAUCAAUUAACAUUCACAAAAAAUAUUACUCAAAGAAUUUUCAACAGAGCUCGCGCUUUCGUGAGCUGUGAAAAAGUGAAAAAAAAAAAAAAAAACGAUCUAUUAACCUCAAAGGAUCUUCAUUCCGAGGUCUAUUAA